GGCGACUUUUUGGCGGGAACGCGAGGAGUGAAGUUGUGUGUUUUGUUUUAUUUUGUCUAUUUAGUGUUUCUUGGGUUUAUAUGUGUAAUAAUGGUGGUUUAUUAACUGUUUAAUAUCUGUGAAAGUGCAAAAAUGUGGGAAAAUGAAACAAAGCCGCUGGACGUCACUUCUCGGGAUCCUCCAAAAGUCCAACGAAAAAAUCUCAGUAAAUGACCACCAUUUUACUGAGAUUAUAGUUCAUCCCAUAUCAUCUCAUCUCAUUUCAUUUGAUUUCAUCCCAGUUAAUUAAUGUCUCAAAUUAAUUAUCUUCAUUUCAUUUCAUCAUUUUUCAUAAAAAUAAGAGUAUAAAUUAAAAUAAGACAUGACUUAAAAGUCUUAGUUACCAGGUCAUAAUAUAAAAUACCUAAAAAAAUAUGAUAAAUAAAAACAUGAUAAAGGUAGGUAAUAUUCCUAAAUUUUUAACCAAAAUGAAUUAAAUUAAAUAUAUGUAUAUUAUUAAAUGAUUAUAAAUUAUUAAAACCAUAAAAAUAAUAAUGGAACCUUAUGAAAUCGAGUUUAUUGGUGAGAAUCGGAUAAUCAGUAUAACACCAAACUUUACCCAUGAUAAAAUAUACUUGAUAUGCGGUGAAUUUGGUCCGUUUCGUGCUGGUUUACCUGUGAACGUACCACUCUGGCUGGCUAUCAUGCUAAAGCAGAAACAAAAGUGCCAUGUUAUCCCUCCUGACUGGAUGGACGUGGAAGUUUUGGAGAAUAUUAAAGAAGAGGAAAAGCGUUCCAGAUUCUUCACAAAGAUGCCAAAUGAACACUAUAUGGUGGAAGCCAAACUGAUACUUGGUUCAGCUGCCGAAGAUGUUCCCAAUGCACCAGAAAUAAAGACUAUUAUCAAAGACAUCUGGGAUAUAAGAAUGUCUAAGUUACGAACAUCAAUGGAUGCAUUGAUGAAAACUGGAGGUGGCUAUGGCAGAUUAGAUCAUUUAACAAUGAUGGAAAUAAACUCAGUGAAACCUCUUCUACCUGCUGCUAUGGACAACCUCUUAAGGAUGCAAAUGGUAAGAACAUGUGUGACAAAUUGUAAUAUACUCUCCUUUAGACACAUCCUUCUGUAUUUUCAUCUCCACUUUGUCCUUUUUACGAAUAUCUCUGAAUGUAUGUACCAUCCUUCGGACCAUCUUAUACGUGACACAUUUAUGCAUUCUACUCUGAAGGAUCCUUGGAUUUCUGUUCUAGACUUCACUCUCGUGUCCUAGUAGAAGGGCAAAUCACAUUGUUGUGAUGAUGAUGUGUGUUACCAAAACUAAAACUGUGAGUGUGCAGUGAGUUCAGCUAACCUAAGGUUUAGUAACUACGGUAAUUUGGAGUUUGUAAACCUGGUCUUAUCAAUAUCAUUGUUAAACUUAAAUUCGGUAUUGAAGAUUUUUUUAUUUGUUUUAUAGAGUAAAUUACAGUAAGCUGUCUUUAGACUUUCAACUGUAGUUUUGACAAAAAUAAUUUGAUAGGCAGUACACGCACAAUGUCCAUAUCAGUGAAUCUACACUGGAUCUAGUAGAUCUGAAGACACUCUUCUUCAGUCUUCUUGUUGUCAUUUGGUUGUCCGUUAGAUGCUUAGCAAGGUUAUUUGGGUGGGCUUUAAAAUUGAAGAUCUGAGUGCAAUUAUUCUUAUAUGUACUUGCAGUACAGUUUUGUAACAAAUAAUCAACUUUUUGUUUUACAGAAAACGAAAAAGACAGCACCAUCGCUCAAUUUAAAUAGUUCAACCUUCAGUCAAUCAGGGAGCUCUCAAAAUACAUAGUUUUAAGUGUAGUUAAGUGUAGUUUAAGUUUAGUAAGUUCUUAAUACUUUUUAAUGAUUUUGUAACAAAGUGGUUGGUAACAAUCAAAAAGUGGUAAUAACAUUAAAAACACUUAUUGUAA